AUGCUUGCCGUCUCUGAACGAACGUUCUACCAAAGACUCCUCUACGCCAAGAACUUCUGCUACCUAACUUCGUUGAGGAGAGCCAGGAAGUACCAACUUCCUCAUUUCAGGUUGAACAAAGUGAGAAAUAUAAAAACGUGGCUUUCUAUCAGAUCUUUUCUUAAGAGGAGAGGCCCUCAGAGAUCGGUGGAAAUAAUUGUAUCAACUGCAUUCCUGGCUGCUGUCGUCAUCAUUUCAACCAUAUGCAUUGAGUUACUACAAGACUACGGAUGCUUUCUGGAUGAACUUGGAAACUGGGAGUUGGUUCUGUGGGGACUGAGCCUUGGACUCUUCCUCUUACGUUUCAUCACCCUCGGAACGAACAUCAACAAAAAGUACAGGAACUUCUCUGUGCUGAUCACUGAACAGAUAAACCUCUACCUGCAUAUGGAGCAGAAACCUCACAAGAAAAAUGAACUUCUUCUUGCUAACAGUGUCCUCAAACUGGCAGAAGACCUUCUCAAGGAAGUGGAAAGUCCAUUCAAAGUUUCAGGUUUGUCAGCCAACCCCCUCCUCUACAACAUCACAAAAGUUGUCGUCCUGUCUGCAUUCUCAGCUGUUCUCACUGAACUUCUUGGUUUCAAAUUGAAGCUCUACAAGAUAAAGAUAAGGGCUUGA